CUGUGAGCACGCGGGAGCGAGCGUCGGGAUCCAAGGACAGACCGCGGGCUCGCGAGCAUCAGGUCAUCUGGAAGUCCGUGAGCAUCCCGAGCCUGAACCGACAGACACCGAAUAACGGCAGCGAGGAUUUAAGCAGACACAUUAACUCGGAAGAAGAGGAAAUGAACGGUUUCUGUGAAAUGAACGGACACAGAGACGCGUGAAUCAACAGGACGACGCGGGAUCAGCAGCGGGUUUACGCGAAACUGUGAAUGAAAAACAACAUUUGACCGGUCAGAGCAGCGACACAAUCACGGUCCCGUCCUCCGGUGUGAAACGGUGACAACAAAACAAAACAUUUUGAUCAUCAAAACACCACCUUUAUCUACCUGAGCCGAGCCACCUACCGGCACCGAACCGGAGCAGAACCAGCUGGCGGCACCGGACUGACCGACACUGCGAAGGCUCACCGCGGUUUAGAUAAACCACAGGCGGUCAAAUCAACAGGAGACCGAGGGAACGACGCAGUAACGGCGCUCAGCCCGAGAGGCGGGGAGACAGGCUUUCAUCGACAACAUGGAGCUGCGGGGCAUGCUCCUCCUCACCGUGCUGCAGUGCUGUUCGGUGGCCCGCGGCGGCUGUGAGCCUCGGCUGGUGAACAUCGGAGCCGUGCUGAGCCAGAAACGCUAUGAGCAAGUGUUUAAGGAGGCAGUGAUUCAGGCCAAUACGCUGUAUGGGAAGGACAAGUUCAAGAUGAACGCCAUCUCUGUCACACACAAGGCCAACGCCAUACAGAUGGCCCUGUCCGUGUGCGAGGACCUCAUCUCCAACCAGGUGUAUGCCAUCCUGGUCAGUCACCCGCCUCAGUCCAGCGACCACCUGACUCCGACACCUGUUUCCUACACUGCUGGUUUCUACCGAAUCCCUGUGGUUGGCCUGACAACACGCAUGUCCAUCUACUCUGACAAGAGCAUCCACCUGUCGUUCCUGAGGACGGUGCCUCCGUACUCCCACCAGGCUCACGUCUGGUUCGACCUGAUGAGAGAGUUCAGGUGGAACCACAUCAUCCUGAUCGUCAGCGACGACCACGAGGGCCGAGCCGCCCAGAAGAGACUGGAGACGCUGCUGGAGGAGAGAGAGACCAAGACUAAAAACAGGAACUAUGAAACCCACGACCUACAGAACUUUGACUUCAGGAGAACACCCAAGGCGGAGAAGGUGCUGCUCUUCAGCCAGGACACCAACCUGACGGCUCUGCUGCUGGAGGCCAAAGAUCUGGAGGCCCGAGUCAUCAUCCUCUCCGCCAGUGAGGAUGAAGCUGCAGCUGUGUACAAAGCCGCCCGGCAGCUCAACAUGACUGGCUCUGGUUACGUCUGGUUGGUUGGAGAGAGAGAGAUGACUGGCAAAGCUCUGAGUGAAGCUCCAGAUGGCCUGCUGGGCCUCCAGCUGAUUAACGGUAAGAACGAGUCGGCUCACAUUGCGGACGCUGUGGCAGUGGUCGCUCAGUCUCUGCAGGAGCUGUUUGAGAAGGAGAACAUCACGGAGCCUCCACAGGGCUGUGUGGGAAACACCAACAUCUGGAGAACCGGACCCCUCUUCAAAAGGGUGCUGAUGUCAUCAAAGUACCCUGACGGUCUGACGGGACGAAUUGAGUUUAAUGACGAUGGCGACCGACGCUUUGCCACCUACAGCAUCCUGAACUACCAGCAGAAACCAGGUCGCCUCGUCCAGGUCGGAGUUUUCAACGGGUCACAGGUUCUGAUGAACCCUCAGAGGAAGAUUAUCUGGCCUGGAGGAGAGACCGAGAAGCCAGUGGGAUACCAGAUGUCCACCAAACUCAAGAUUGUGACGAUCCACCAGGAGCCAUUCGUUUAUGUGAAGCCAACGAAGAGUGAUGGAACAUGUAAAGAGGAGUACAACGUUAAUGGAGUCUUAAUCAAGAAGGUGAUCUGUACCGGACCCAAUGGGACCAUACCAGGUCAGCCCAUCGUCCCUCAGUGUUGCUAUGGUUUCUGCAUCGACCUGCUCAUCAAGUUGGCGAUGAGUAUGAACUUCACCUACGAGGUUCAUCUGGUGGCUGAUGGGAAAUUUGGCACGCAGGAGCGAGUGAACAACAGUAACAAGAAGGAGUGGAACGGGAUGAUGGGGGAGCUGCUGGGGGGCCUGGCCGACAUGAUCGUGGCCCCCCUCACCAUCAACAAUGAGCGCGCUCAGUACAUUGAGUUCUCCAAGCCCUUCAAAUACCAGGGGCUCACCAUCCUCGUCAAGAAGGAAAUCCCUCGCAGCACUCUGGAUUCGUUCAUGCAGCCGUUCCAGAGCACACUGUGGCUGUUGGUUGGUCUGUCGGUCCAUGUGGUGGCAGUGAUGCUUUACCUAUUAGACCGGUUCAGCCCGUUUGGAAGGUUUAAAGUGAACAGCGAAGAAGAAGAAGAAGACGCCCUGACCCUAUCCUCAGCCAUGUGGUUCUCAUGGGGAGUACUGCUGAACUCUGGGAUAGGAGAAGGAGCUCCCAGGAGUUUCUCAGCCAGAAUUCUGGGUAUGGUGUGGGCAGGAUUCGCCAUGAUCAUUGUAGCUUCUUAUACUGCCAACCUGGCAGCCUUCCUGGUGCUGGACCGGCCUGAGGAGCGCAUCACUGGCAUCAAUGACCCCAGGCUGCGUAACCCAUCAGAUAAGUUCAUCUACGCCACAGUGAAGCAGAGCUCGGUGGAUAUCUACUUCAGACGGCAGGUGGAGCUGAGCACCAUGUACCGACACAUGGAGAAACACAACUACGAGAGCGCCGCUGAGGCCAUCCAGGCCGUCCGAGACAAUAAGCUUCAUGCCUUAAUCUGGGACAGCGCUGUGUUGGAGUUUGAGGCGUCACAGAAGUGUGAUCUGGUGACAACGGGAGAACUUUUCUUCCGCUCUGGGUUCGGGAUCGGAAUGAGGAAAGACAGUCCGUGGAAACAGAACGUUUCUCUGGCUAUUCUCAGUUCUCAUGAGAACGGCUUCAUGGAGGAUCUGGACAAGACCUGGGUUCGAUACCAGGAGUGUGACUCCAGGAGCAACGCCCCUGCUACCCUCACCUUUGAGAACAUGGCAGGUGUGUUCAUGUUGGUUGCCGGUGGCAUUGUUGCCGGAAUCUUCCUCAUUUUCAUCGAGAUUGCCUACAAACGACACAAAGACGCGCGCAGGAAACAGAUGCAGCUGGCUUUUGCUGCUGUGAACGUGUGGAGGAAGAACCUGCAGGAUAGGAAAAGUGGUAGAGCAGAGCCCGAGCCCAAACUGAAAACCUCUUUUAGGUCCAUCACUUCGACCUCCGACCUCAAACGCCGUAGGGCCUCCGGGGACGCCACGCCGUACCCGACUGACAUCACUGGCCAGCUCAACCUAUCAGAUCCCUCCGUCAGCACCGUGGUUUGAGAGAGAGACAGAGGGAGACUGCUGCUGCUGAGCCACACACACACACACACACACACGCUCUGGACACACUCACUUACUACAUGCAAACACACAUGUCACACACAACCAGAGGCACACAUUCAUUAUGUAAACACAGAUGGACGGACCGAGCUUCCUCUGAGACAGGAAAGAGAUACAUUUGAACAGCAUCACACAACACGCAUAUUACAUAAACACACAUGCACCAUCUGUCAUCCCGACACCUCGCACCCACUCCUAACACACACAAACACACACCCACAUUGCUCUGCUUGUAGCCUCUGCCUCCUCCAAACAGAGGGGCUUUUAUUUUGAAAGAGCAGUUUCAGACUGGUUUUAUUUUGGUAGAUAUCUGCGAUGUCAUACAGUUUAUUCUGUUUCCUGUCUGUCACACUGAUUGAUCCCACUGAUUCAUCAAAUGUCCUGAUCAGUUUUAGAACCAGUUCAUCUGCUAGCGACGCCUUAGCUCUGGACUCAUAAAAUCCAGCACAGAUGUUUCCUCUAAACAUCAGGACCUGUUGAUCGUGAAUCCAUUGAUCAGUAAUCUGUCAAUCAAGAAAACAAUGAUUGGGAGCCUGUGAGUAGAGAACCUAUGAAUAUGGAACCUGUCAAUCAGAGCCCUCUCGAUCAGGAGCCUGUUGAUUAGUAACCUGUCAAUCUAGGGACCUAUUGAUUGCAAUCUGUUGCAAUCUGACCAGUCAGUCCGGAACCUUUUCACUGAGAGCCUAUUGAUUGGGACCUGUCGAUUAGGAACCUGCUGAUUGAUACCAAGCAAUUGGCUGCCUGUUGAUAGGGAAUCUGUUGAUCGGGAACCGAUUGAUAAGGAACCUUGUCGAUCUGGGACCUGAGCACUGAUCAGUGUGGUAGGUAGGCUGAGCCUCUGGGACAGGAAGUUGUUGUUUAAUACAGAAGCACAGAUGUCUCCUGGAUCAUUGGCCUGACUGCAGGGUUUUGUCAUGACUUUUCACUGCUGAGGUUCAUGGGUAAUGUAGUCUUUAGAGCUGUUAAACAGAAAUGUGAUUUGUCUCAAAGGAACUCAGUUCACACUUUCGUUCAGUGAUUCAGGAAACUCGUUAGUAAAAUGUUUAUUCCACAAUAAAGUGUAGUUUUAAACUGAUAAGGACACUUUUAAC